AUGCACGUUUCGAACAUGAGUUAGCGGGGAAAGGCUGCAGAGCUGGGAAGGGAAACGGCAUCCCCCCCCCCCCCGCCGCCGCAAACAGCUGCUGCGCACCCCGGGGCCACUGCGAGCAAAGGAAGCCAAAGGGAGCGGCGUUGGUGGGUAUAUAAAAGUCCAGUUUCAGCAUUUGAUUCUGCAUUUAUAAAUAAUCUGCCACAGUAACUGCUGUCAGUAGCUCCUUCUUCUGCUUUUGGUUCACAGAAAGAACUGACAUGUUAAGUACAAAGUAGAAUACUCACGGCUUCAGGGAAUACGAACUUCUGCAGCAUGUUUUGUACUAAACUGAAAGAUCUGAAGAUCACUGGCGAGUGUCCAUUCUCCUUACUGGCCCAAAGUGGCAUUUCAGAUGAACAUGAGGAGGAAUGUGCAGAAGUGCCCGAUAGUUCCAGGGCUGCUUUGCCAAUCUGUAGAGAAAAAGAUACUCAUGGGAACCUUCCACAAAGGAAAACCAGCAGAAGCAAAGUGUAUCUGCAUACUUUAGCUGAGAGCAUCUGCAAACUCAUCUCUCCGGAGUUUGAAAGGUUGUAUCUUGCAUUUCAAAGGACACUAGCAAAGAAUAAAAUAAAAGAAAUCCGGAAUUCUGGAGAAAGAGACUUUGAAAAGCUAAUCACUGAUCAUGCAAACGCAGCAGGAGUUCCAGUAAACAUUUUAAAGGAAUCUCUUGGUGAAGAACUCUUCAAAAUAUGCUAUGAAGAAGAUGAACACAUCCUAGGAGUUGUUGGGGGAACCCUCAAGGACUUUCUGAACAGUUUCAGCACCCUUCUAAAGCAGAGUGCCCAUUGCCAAGAAGCAGAAAAAAAGGGUGGACUUGAGGAGGUCUCCAUACUAUGCCUGGAAAAGGAUCCAGAUUUCUUACAUGUGUACUAUUUCUUUCCCAAGAAAACCACUAGUCUGAUCCUCUCUGGCAUUAUUAAGGCAGCAGCUCACAUUUUGUAUCAAACAGAAGUGGAAGUGAUGCUGAUGCCCCCCUGCAUCUGCAAGGACAGCACAGAGUUUAUUAACCAGCCCUAUUUAUUGUACUCUGUACAAGUCAAAAGUGCAAGACCCUCCUUAUCCCCUUGCAAACCCCAGUCUUCUCUCGUAAUUCCUACUUCUGUUUUCUGCAAGACUUUUCCAUUUCAUUGCAUGUUUGACAAGGAUAUGACUAUUUUGCAAGUUGGCAAUGGAAUAAGAAGACUGUUAACCAGGAGAGAAUUUCAAGCAAAGCCCAACUUUGACGAGUACUUUGAAAUCCUGACCCCUAAAAUCAACUGUACAUUUAGUGGAAUCAUGACAAUGCUGAACAUGCAGUUUACCAUAAGAGUGAGAAGAGGGGGGAAUGCUCUUAAGAAGUCAACUGGGGUUAUGGACCUUAAAGGACAGAUGAUCUACAUUUUUGAGUCUAGUGCCAUCUUGUUCUUGGGAUCCCCAUGUGUGGAUAGACUAGAAGACUUUACAGGACGUGGCUUAUAUCUUUCAGAUAUUCCCAUUCAUAAUGCACUAAGGGAUGUUGUUUUAAUAGGAGAACAAGCCAGAGCUCAAGAUGGACUGAAGAAAAGGCUAGGGAAGCUGAAAGCUACUCUUGAGCAGGCACACCAGGCCCUUGAAGAGGAAAAAAAGAAGACAGUAGAUCUUUUGUGCUCUAUUUUCCCCGAAGAGGUCGCACAGCAACUGUGGCAGGGACAAGUUGUACAAGCCAAGAAAUUUAGUAAUGUCACAAUGCUUUUCUCUGACAUUGUCGGAUUCACUGCAAUAUGUUCCCAGUGCUCACCUAUGCAGGUUAUCACCAUGCUUAAUGAGCUCUACACUCGCUUUGAUUACCAGUGUGGAGAGCUGGAUGUCUACAAGGUAGAAACAAUUGGAGAUGCAUAUUGCGUGGCUGGAGGCCUGCACAAAGAAAGUGAGACCCAUGCUGUUCAGAUAGCACUGAUGGCAUUGAAGAUGAUGGAACUGUCAGAUGAAGUGAUGUCUCCUCAUGGAGAGCCAAUCAAGAUGCGUAUAGGCCUGCACUCUGGGUCUGUCUUUGCUGGAGUUGUUGGUGUCCAGAUGCCACGAUACUGUCUAUUUGGAAACAAUGUAACACUUGCCAACAAAUUUGAGUCUUGCAGUGUUCCAAGGAAAAUAAAUAUCAGCCCAACAACCUACAGGUUGCUAAAGGAUUAUCCAGGCUUUAUAUUUACUCCUCGUUCAAGAGGGGAACUUCCGUCCAACUUUCCAAGUGAUAUUCCUGGGAUCUGUUACUUUCUUGAUGCUUAUCUUCAAGAAACAAAUUCAAAGCUGUGGUUUCAAAAGAAAGAUGCUGGAGAUGGAAAAACAAACUUCUUGGGGACACCAACAGCUGUGGACUAAAUUGUGCUUUCUUGCAUUUUUAGGAAGAAACAUCCAGAUUUUGAAUAUGAACUGAAAUGUUUAAAAAUGAAAUGGAAAAGCACUUUAGCUUGUUAACACCUGAAAGCCAGUAUUAAAAUUUAAGAACAUACAUCACAUACUACUUUUAAUGUUUAUUCUAUAAGAAAUAUAUUCAGUGAAAUUCUAAUCUGCCCAAGCUAUAUGGAGGUGGAGGAGCAGGAGUGGGGAAAGUCAGUCCAACAACGUAACAAUGGAAGGAGAAAGGCCUGCCAGCCAAGUUCUUUGCUUUUCCUCUAGCAAAGAACUGUUUUGCCAAAGGUGUGUCUAAUAAUGGCGCCUUCCUUCCUAUGAGUGCAGGGAUGUUGAGGAAAGAGCAAGUACUUCAUACCUUUCUGGCCUUACUUGCUUUUAGAAAGUUUCUGGAGGGAGCGCUCAGCAACCAAACAAGCAGAACUGAACUGCUUGCCACAUGAGCAAGCAGUUCAAGUAGCUAGUCUCUUAGUAGUCAAGUGAUACAACCACACAUUCUAACGUGAACCAGCUGAAUACUGAUUGCUAUAAAGAUGCAGUUUCCUUAGUGAUUUCAUAACCAAAAGAUGCUGUUGCGGAUUAUUAUUAGCAUAUGCUAUUCUAAUUGUGUCUGAUUCAAAAAUAAGAGCCUGGUUCACACCACGUGAGAGCUCUGCCUAUUAAGGAUUCCAAAGGCUCCUCUACCAACAGGCAGGAAAAAAUAGAGGGGUCGGAAGCCACACACACCAUGAAGAAGGAACUGUUGGAUGCCUUACCCCAUACAUUUAUCUCACCUCAACUCCUUAGUGGUUAGUUCUCCCUAGGAGUGUGGAGGGGAAGGACCAAGCCUUCUUCACCCCAUAUGCCCCAUUACCAAACGAGAGAUGUUUGAUUGGAGCACAGUACCCUUGGCUAAAAUUAUAUAUUCAGAUGACUUGGGGGUCAAUUAACCAAGUUUUCUCUGUACAUUAAAUAUCUUGUGCAUAUGGAAUGUUCUGGGUGUAAAUGGAAUCUGGUUUCUACUAUCCAGCAUUUCACCCUUACCCUCCCUGGAGUGUUGGUGGCCUGCCAAGGUUGAGAGGUAGCCGGGAAUGAGAUCAUAGCUAGUAAUUCAAUUGAGAAGAGGUGCAGGCUCUGUUCUGGCUUAUUUGGAGAAAGACAAAAAUAUGUGUGACCUCAAGGAAUGCACCUUGCAAGCAAAGCUGUGUACCUUUGGGGGUUUUAUUAUUAUUAUUUAAUUAACUUCCAUUUAUCCUCAAUUAUUACCAAACAAUUAAAGUAAUAACAGUUAAUGGAACUUGAAUGUUACUUGAAUAACAUUAAUCUGAAGUAUGCUUAAUCUUAUUUCUUUCAACACCAUAUCUGUAGCUACUUUUUAAAUGUGGCAGAUUUUCACAUAGUAGUGUAUAAUGCAUUCACAAUGUACAUUGUAAUAUUCUGCACAGUGCACUAUAAAUCUAGCCACAUACCCCAUGUGAUACUUUAGUACACACGUGUACUAUAACAGCUCAUACCAUCUGCACUAAUGCCAAAAAUGGCUUGGCUGGAAUGUUUUUUUUCUUGCUUAGCUUCUUCCAGUUCUGCAACCAUCCAAGAAGGUAAAAUUCUUGUCAAGAUUACAAGAGUUUUGUAAGAUGGUGUGUACUAGCCAAGUGGCUACCCUAUCCAGAAAAGAUUCCUCUCCAGGAACUUCCCACUCUACGUCCAAGCCACAAAAUAUAGUAAGAGGCAAGGGAGCUCUCCCUCUCCCCAGCACCUAUUUUAAGAAUCAAAUGUUCCUCCACACCAUAAAACUCCCUGCAAUAUUCUCACACUUUUCUAUCUGGAAAUGUUAUUGCUUUGUGGAUGGUCUGACCUUUUUGGGUGUUCGGUUUCCUCCACUUUCCUAUUUUUUGGCUCAUGUAAAAUGCAGUUAUGGUAUGUGUUAUGAUGCAUCAUCAGCAUCAUCAUAUUUGUACACCACCCCAAACUUCCAUCUCUAGGUAGUUUACAACAACAUAAAACAACUUUAAAGAGACAUAAAAAUCUUAAAACAAUUUUAAACCACAGAUCUAGUUAAAAAGCUUGGGUGAAAAGAUGUGUCUUUAAGGACUUAGGAGGCUCUUAUUUCAUCAGGAAGCUCACUCCAGAAUCUCGGGGCAGCAACAGAGAAGGUCCGUCCCUGUAUAGCCACCAUACGAGCUGGUGGCAACUGCAACUGCUCUCCGGAUGAUCUCAAUGGGCAAUGGAGCUCAUGAAGAAGACAUUCUCUUAAAUACCCUGGGCCUAAGCUGUUUAGAGAUUUAUAGUUUAUAACCAGCACCUUGUAUUUUGCUUGGAAACUUAUUGGUAGCCAGUGUAGUUCUUUCAGUACAUGAAUAAUAUAUUCUCCUUGAGAUGACCUGGAGACCAACCUGGCAUUCUGUACCAACUGCAGUUUCCAGACAAUUAUAAAGGCAGCCCCAAAUAGAGUGCAUUGCAGUAGUCAAGUCCGGAGGUUACCAGCAUAUGUACUACUGUUCUGAGGUCAUUUAUCACAAGAAAGGGAUGCACCUGGCAUAUCAGCCAAAGCUGACAGACUGCACCUCUGGCCAUCGCCUCAACUUGAGACACCAGGGAGAGAUUUGGAUCCAGAAGCACUCCCAGACUGCGUACCUGUUCCUUCUGGGGAAGUGUGAAGAAUCUGGAAAAGUGCAAAGUGGCCUUCCUACUUACUGGCCUUCGUGGAAUUGCCCUAAAAUAUGGAAUAUCCAGUAUCCCUGCAUUGCUGAAUCAUUUAGGCACAGUUCUGAUCAGUGUUACCAUUUCCUGAAUAAUACAGAUGUUAAUGGGAUGGCACUUCACUUAAUAUGGCUACCCACUGUCUCCAGUGCUAGUAUACAGAAUGUGUCACUUACUGCUUCCGGAACUUUCAUUGUGUAUAAAUAAAUAUAUACAUAUGUAAUAUAUUGAGGUCAUUCACACAAUCAAUAAGUGUUUUCUACCUCAGUUUUGGAGCUGUGUAUGCUCCCAAUUUUCGGUUGUGUAGAAGCAAGGUAAGAGGAAAACCUGGGUAGCUUUUCCUCCUACUUUGCUUCCACACAAUCACUUCUAUCCAGAUUUUCCUCUUACCUUGCUUCCACACAACCAAAAAUUGGGAGCACAAAUAGCUCCCAAACCCAGAUAGAACACAGUUUUUGAUUGUGUGAAUGACCUCGUAUAAUCAAAUGCUAAAACCCCUUUAAUCAAACAGCAUUUUAAUUUUUGGAGGUACAGUGUACAUUUUAUUUCAAAAGGAACAAAUCUUCCUUGAUAUGUAUUAUAGCAAUAAAUGUUUGCUUUUUGUUGCUAUUUAAGUUUAGAUUAAAUAGUGCAAAGUAUUCAUUAUAAUGACAAUUUCUUAGCAAACUGCAUAGCAUACCACACAGAAAUAUGAGGCGCUAUAAAGUGUGUGCAUGUGUGUGUGUUUGUGCGUAUGUGUAUGUAUGUAUGUAUAUAUAUGCUUUAGAAGCUGUGGAUGUGUUUUUUAUAUACAAUAACUUCAAUAAAAAGAAAUAUACUA